GGGUUCCCGCCAUUGGAAUUUAGAAUCGAAGCCUCUCAUAUAUAUUCUUCGUCGCUUUGAAGGUUCAGAUUUCGAUUCCUAAUCUUUCUUCCACCACCCCGAUUCUGGAACUAUCGGUAUCCUUCAGUGGAGGAUCGCCUUUGUAGCUGUGGAAGCAGAUGGAAGACAUCAGGCGAUGGUCCGUGACCUACACGAAGCACAUCAGACAGAAGCGGAAAGUCUAUCAGGACGGUCUCUUAGAGCUUCACACCUCGACCGGAAAGGUCAUGCUCUAUGACGACUGUGAGAAACUGUUGUAUUGUAAGGUGUUGAAGAAGGAGGAAGUCAUCAGACCUGGUGAAACUCUGACGUUUGAUACUUAUUUGAUUGACAUUGGUGAUCCUGAGGGAGAUCAUAAAACUUUGUCUGAUUUGAAUUCUCAAGGGAAAAAUGAGAAAAUUAUGGAGAAUUCCAGGUUAUCUAACGGCCAAACAUUUAGGAAGAAUUCAGUUUUUACUGAAAAUAGGAAGUUUAAUUCAGAAAAGAAUAAAACACCGUCAAUUAACCUAAGCCCGUCACAAAGAAUUAUCAGAGAGUUCAAGAAGAGUGAACUGCACAAGUAUGGAACUCUACCGAGUUCUCCAGAUACACCAAAAUCUACUGUAACAGAGUGGCAGGCCUUGUACACUACACAAAUAACUCAGAAGGCCAAGAAGUAUCAUGAUGGUUUCUUAAGACUUUCAAUUGGUGGAUCCCAAGGGAGGCAGGUCAUGCUGUAUGACGCCAGCAAAAAACUCUUAGAUAGCAGGUUCCUUAAGAAGGAUGAAGUAAUUAGAUCUGGUGAAUCACUUACAUUUGAUGCUCAUUUAGUUGAUGUUGGAGAACCUGAAGGAAACCAUAAACCUGUAAUGGGACUGAAUGUUCAAGGAAUAAAUUGCAAGGAGGUUGGGGAAUCAGGAAUACUGCAUGGAGAACAGAAUAACUCCAAAGCCAGUAAAGCUGUUCUAAGAAAAUGGAAUGCUCUGUACACUACUCAAAUAACUCAAAAAUCCAAGAAAUAUCAAAGUGGGAUCCUCAGACUGGUGUCUUGUGGUUCCUAUCAGAUGCAGGUUACUUUAUUAAAUGAAGAAGGAUCAACAUUGAGCAGUAAAUUCCUUGCAUUAUCAGUUGAUGUUAGAACUGGAAGUACAAUUGAACUCCCAAAAUAUUUGGUGGAGGUUGGUGAGCCAUGGACUAAUCUUGAAGGAGAAGCUCAAAAUAAUGGUUGUUUGGGGAAAGAAGUGAAUUCAGACUUGGACAAUAUCCAAUUAAGAAGGAGAGUCCCUAUAAUCAAGCCAUCACAUGGAGAUGCUCAAAAUAACGGUUGUUUGGGGAAAGAAGUGGAUUCAGACUUGGACAAGAUCAAAUUUAGCAGGAGAGUCACCAUAAACAAGCCAUUACGUGGCACACAUGAAAUCUUGUCCAUUCUCAAGAAACCUAUAACUCAAGAGAGUGUAUCCCCCACGAGAAAGGCACCUGUGGAGCAGGGCCUUCAUUCACAAUCUUCAGACUUGGUCCAUUUAGACAUUCAGGAUGCAUAUGUACAACAAUUAAAUGUUUCAAAGACAAGUGCAAUGGAGGAUCAUGAAGAUGAAUUUAAAGUUUUAAACGAAGGAACUAAUGGAACACAUACCUACAAAAAUGAGAUUCCUGAAUCGAAAGCUCUUCACACUGAUACUUCUUUUGACUUCAUCAAACUGGAGGAUUCUGACAACAAAGCGGAGGCAGAAUCAAAAGAUUCUCCUUCAUCAGGUUUCAAUCCUGGGUUGGUAUAUAGUAAAAGAUCAAGCACAUCCAAUACCUUGAGACCCAAGUUUGAUGUAGGACAUUCUGAUAGAAGCAUCAUGGAUUCAACUUCCUUCAUUGAGAGACUUCAAGCUUAUUGUAGAUCAGAUGCAGUAAUCUUGGAUUUUUCUGAAGAAAACCAACCACCAAGUGGAUCAAAGCCACAUGAGGAGCUUAUGAGCUCAAAGGAAAUAGAUGAAUGCCCGACUUUUGAUCUUGGAUUUUAGAAAGGACUUGUAUAUAUUCCUUUCUCUUAUGUGCCUUUCAGUAACCAUUAGUGGUGAUAUCUUGUACUAUUGGAAAUAUUAGUGGAUCUAGUAGGUUUUCUUAACACAUUAUCAUCUGUACCUGUGAACACUUUGGACCAGUUCUCCAACCAGUUAGUGAAUCUUAUAUGCUAUAAAUUAAUUGAC